AUGCAAAUAGAUUUUUAUUCAGUGAGUAUUUUUUUGUCUUGUGUUAAACCAUGCCUGGGCAGUUUACUUCCAAUGACAACUCAGUCCAAUGGUGUUUUAUCCGGCAGUGGCGUAAUCAACCAAACAUCCGAAUCAAGCACCCCUUAUCUAUCUUCAUCAAAUAAUAAUUUAACUGUUGGCUUUUCGGGGAGCAAUAAAUAUCUACCUCUAAAGCAUAAUACUUGUAAUACAACAGCGAUAUCGGCAGUAAAAAAAAAUAAAUCAGACACUUUCACAAGAGAAAAUGGUAUUGAUAAAUUAUCAAGUUUGUUCUUCGAUAAUCCUGGUAAACUUGGUACCCUUUCAUUGAAACUGUAUAACGCUACAGCAUGUAUUUUCAAAUUAAUAUUUAAAACUUGGAAAGAACUCAAAGUGAACUAG